AUGUGGAAAAUAAGCCACAACUUCGGUGUAUUAGAAUCAAAAGAUCUCAAAAGCAGCCAAUAUGCUCAAGAAGUGAUGCAGUCUGCCAAACUAUUGCUAACAAGUGAUUCCACUCACAAAUCAGUUAAGCUAGUGGUUUGCCCACCCAUGAUAUCACUUCACAGAAUAAGCCACAACUUCGGUGUAUUAGAAUCAAAAGAUCUCAAAAGCAGCCAAUAUGCUCAAGAAGUGAUGCAGUCUGCCAAACUAUUGCUAACAAGUGAUUCCACUCACAAAUCAGUUAAGCUAACCUGGACUAAAAUUUCUUCCACUAUUCUGACCACCUUCUCCUCUCCUGUCAUCAUAAGAACCUCUACCUCUGUUGCUGAAAUCCCCUCUGCCCCUCCCUCUGAAAUCACCUCUACCCCUGCCUCUGAAACUCCCUCUGAAAUCACCUCUACCCCUGCCUCUGAAAUCCCCCUGGCCUCUGUUGCUGAAAUCCCCUCUGCCCCUCCCUCUGAAAUCACCUCUACCCCUGCCUCUGAAAUCCCCCUGGCCUCUGUUGCUGAAAUCCCCUCUGCCCCUCCCUCUGAAAUCACCUCUACCCCUGCCUCUGAAAUCCCCCUGGCCUCUGUUGCUGAAAUCCCCUCUGCCCCUCCCUCUGAAAUCACCUCUACCCCUGCCUCUGAAAUCCCCCUGGCCUCUGUUGCUGAAAUCCCCUCUGCCCCUCCCUCUGAAAUCACCUCUACCCCUGCCUCUGAAAUCCCCCUGGCCUCUGUUGCUGAAAUCCCCUCUGCCCCUCCCUCUGAAAUCACCUCUACCCCUGCCUCUGAAAUCCCCCUGGCCUCUGUUGCUGAAAUCCCCUCUGCCCCUCCCUCUGAAAUCACCUCUACCCCUGCCUCUGAAAUCCCCCUGGCCUCUGUUGCUGAAAUCCCCUCUGCCCCUCCCUCUAGCAAUAAAAUUAUGCAUUGUUCGGAUAUCUAA